AUGAUGAAGUGGGCUGUCGUCCUGUGGGCCCUAGUGGCCUUCGCUGAAUGUCUUCACAAGGUCCCUUUGAUCAAGGGGAAGACCGUCAGGGAGAAGAUGAUGGAGAAGGGACUAUGGAACGAGUAUCGUAAGCAGUUCCCUUACAACCCCAUGUCUAAGUUCGUCCAGGGAGGCAAUGAGGCCAUGACCAACGAUGCUGAUCUGUCGUACUAUGGUGUGAUCUCCAUUGGAACCCCCCCACAGUCCUUCAGUGUGAUCUUUGACACCGGUUCCUCCAAUCUGUGGGUCCCCUCUGUGUACUGCAGCAGCCAGGCUUGCCAGAACCACAAAGAGUUCAACCCACAGCAGUCCUCCACCUACAAGUAUGCCGGUCAGAGUUUGUCUAUCCAGUAUGGAACUGGUAGCAUGACUGGCAUCCUUGCCUAUGACACCGUCGAGGUUGGAGGCAUCACUGUGAGCCAGCAGAUCUUUGGGCUGAGUGAGACAGAGGCACCCUUCAUGGCCAACAUGGUGGCUGAUGGGAUCCUGGGCUUGGCUUUUCCAUCUAUUUCCUCCUCUGGAGCCACCCCUGUCUUUGACAACAUGAUGAGCCAGAACCUGGUGCCCGAGGACGUCUUCUCUGUCUACCUGAGCGGAGGUGGCCAGUCAGGCAGUGUGGUGGUCUUUGGUGGCAUUGACUCUAACUACUACUCUGGACAACUCACCUAUAUUCCCCUGACUUCUGAGACCUACUGGCAGAUCAGCAUGGACAGUGUUACUAUCAACGGGAAUGUUGUGGCUUGCUCUGGUGGCUGCCAGGCCAUCAUUGAUACUGGGACGUCCCAAAUCGUUGGGCCAAACAGCGACAUUGCCAACAUGAACUCCUGGGUGGGAGCCAGCACCGACCAAUAUGGAGAAGCUGUUGUCAACUGCCAGAGCCUUGGCAACAUGCCCGAGGUGACCUUCACUCUGAAUGGAAACGCUUUCACCAUCCCUGCCUCUGCCUAUGUGUCCCAGAGCUCCUAUGGCUGCAGCACCGGCUUCGGUAACGGUGGCAGCAGCCAGUUGUGGAUCCUGGGGGAUGUCUUCAUCAGGCAGUUCUAUGCCGUUUUUGACAGACAGAACCAGCAGGUGGGACUGGCCCCAGUCGCCUGAUCAAAACCCUAGAGUCUCCAGGUCUCCAUCACCAGCUCUAGUACUAGAGAAUGUCUCAUUUGUAGGUGUAGAAACUAUCAUCAGAAAACUCCUCAAUAAAACUUAAUGUUACAUUUCAA